AUGAAAAAUCGAAUCCAUAAUACGAACUCUCUCUUUGGCUCUCUGCUCUCCCUGUACGGAAACCUUGAUUACGGAAAACCCCGCAGACUUAGGGCGAAAAGCAUCAAACAAUUUUUUGGCCGAUUCUAUCAUUUAACGCAUAUAGGGCUUCUUCUCACUACGGUGACGCUUUUGAUUGGGCUUCUCCGAAGAAACAUGAAGCCUUCCAGCAGAAACUCUCGCGUGUACGCUUUUAUGCGGAGUGCACACAUUGACCUCCUGGCGCUCACCGUCACUGUGGAGUGCUUUAUUCCUGCGAUCUUCUGGGGGCUCUGGUGGAUCGACGAGUCUACGGUCGUGGUCAAGUCCUCGUACGUGGGGGAGGAUACAAUCUCGCUCUUCUUCAACCUGUGCAUGCACGGGUUUCCCACGGUCUUUCUUCUCGUGGAGUUUUUUGAGGGCGUAUUCUUGAGCCGGCGCGUGCACUAUAUAAUUAUCUCGGGGUUCUUUGCCUUCUACAUCGCUGUUAUGGUGCUGUUCUACAAUAAGACGGGGACUUGGCCGUACGGAGUAAUUGAAGGUUUCAGCCCCCUGGGAAAAGUGGCUUUUUUUGGCUUCUGCUUUGCCUGCGUGUGCUUCGUGUACAAGUGCCUGGUCUCCGCCCAUGAAAUGGUGUGGAAGGACACUCGAGACAGAAAAGGGUCUAGAGAAGACUGA